AUGAGUAUGGAAACCUGUCUUAUACAUUCGAAUGAGUGCAUCCUAGCAAAUAUCAGACAAUACAUUAAUGAAGCUAAGUUUUUUGAUAUUUUUGAGGCUGAAGACAUCAAAGAAAUAUUGCAGGCAGGCGAAGUACAACUGGCAGACUAUCUUGAUCUUAUUGAACAAUGUGGGAAGAAUAAAAACGGAGUUAAAUCAAUAUUGUUUUUACUUAAUGCAAGACUCUCUUUGAAAAAUCUUCAAGAAGCCAUUUCUAUUCUUAAAUCCCUAUCAAAUAACUUACAUUUAAGUGUUUUCAACGAAAUUAACAAAGUAAUAGAGCUCAAUGAGCAUUCACUCGAAAUAAUACAGCAAAGUCAAGAUAAAGAAAAUGAAAUUAAAAAUCUUAACUCAGAGAACGCGCAAUUAAAGGAUGAAAUAUCCAUACUUAAAGAAAGUCUUUUCACCUAUGAAUUUCAAUCAAAAAUUGCUCAAUAUUCAAAUUCGACUGAUUUUAAUAGUAUAUAUCAAUUUCUUGAAAAUCUUUCAGCGAAAGAAGACCAAAAGUACAUGUAUUUAGCAUUUGAAGAAGGUCUCUGUGGUAAGAAGGAUGAAAAAGAGAAUACUAUUCUUAUAAAAGCAUCAUCAACAGGAAACUUCAAAUUUGUUAAAUCACUUAUUGAAUGGGGAUGUGAUCUAAAUGCUGCAAAUAGAAAUGGAGAUACUCCUAUAAUGAAAGCUUCAGCACAAGGACAUCAAAAUAUUGUCAAAUAUCUUAGAGAAAAUGAAGCAAAUAAAGAAGCAAAAAAUAAUUCUGGUAUUACUUCUCUUAUUUAUGCAUCAGCUAAUGGACAUUUCGAUGUGGUGAAAUAUCUUAUCGAAAAUGAUGCAAAUAAGGAAUCAAAGGACAACAAUGGAAAUUCUCCUCUUAGUUGGGCAUCUAGUAUGGGCAAUUAUGAAAUUGUCAAAUACUUAAUUGAAAAUGACGCAAAUAAAGAAACCAAAAAUAAUGAAGGUGUCACUCCUCUGAUGAAAUCAUCUGCAAAAGGUCAUCUUAAUAUUGUUAAGUAUCUUGUAAUAAAUGGAGCAAAUAAGGAAGCGAAGAAUAAAGAUGGUUUUACUGCUCUAAUAUAUGCAACAACAAAUGGUCAACUCGAAGUUGUUAAAUACCUUGUAUCAGUUGGGGCAAAUAUUGAUGCAACGGAUAAUUAUGGAUAUACAUCUCUUAAAUGGGCUUUGUCAAAUAAUAAUGAGAAAAUAAUUGAUUUCCUUAAUUCAGCAGGAGCUUCUGUUGAUGCACCAAGAAAUACUGGAAAUAGACGACGCAAUUGGGCUUCAAUUAGAGGUAAAUUAUAA